AUGCUGUACAAAUACAUGCACACCAAAAAUGCUUUGAUGAAGCGGGGAUCAAAUUUGAACGUCAAACCACAAUUUCAUAUCAUAAUGGCAGAGGUUGAGAUCAGAGAAUUGCGGUCACAACUGUACUGUGUGCAAUAUAGUGUUUGUCUGUCUUCCUAUUCAACGCACUGUGAGAAAUAUGUAUUCUUCACUCUUCAAUCAGUAGUAUUCAAUUCCACUUAGACAGGUUUUUUUUUAAUAGUGGUUGGAAAAGCACUUGGGAAUAUGACAGUGUAACAAUGUUAUUGCUUAUAGUUGGCCAUACUCACAAUUCACACUGCUUGGUGGUGUAGUAUGAAAGUCUCCUGAAGGGGGCAACCUAACAAAGCACACACACCUGUAUCAGAGGAUGCCAUACAGACAGACACCUCCCCAUGGUCUACUACUGCAUGUAAUACAGAACAACAUGAAGCAUCAACAGUAGGACAGAGGGUGUCAAAGCUCUGUGAUAGAUAGAUCAGCAUUGUUCUGCUCCUUACCUUUUACACUUCAAACUGACUGACUAGUCAUGAGAAACUGGCUGAUCCUGCAUGUUCUGGCUGCAUGCUGCUUUGGUAUAACAUCACUCUGUUCAUCUGUCUCUUUCUGUGUAUUUGAUCAUUUUAUUUAUAUACAUUAUUAUAUGUUGUGAAGAUAUAUUUAUCUUUCUUUUCAGGGUGCAGAGCAGAAGAUAAUGUAGCACAGCCAACAGAAGAUGUAAUGGUCGUAGAAGGACAACAGACAACACUUACUUGUCUAUAUGAUACAACUGAUCGAUUGCCAUAUCUCUUUUGGUACAAACAACAAGCAAAUGGCAAGCCCAUGUUUAUGCUGAGAAAGGAUACAGUUGGAGUCGGGGAAACUGCUGCUGAAUUCAAGGAGAGAUUUCAUGCCCGUCUGAAUGUCACAGCAAAAUCAGUCCCCUUGAUGAUCCAGAGGGUGCAGAUGUCUGACUCUGCUGUGUACUACUGUGCUCUGAGGCCCACUGUGACAACAGGAUAUACAGCCCCCUUACAAAAACUAUCGUUUUUUCAUGUGCCCAUAGAAACAUACAGUACCACCGAAAAGUUGAGACCAAAGCACACUAUGUAUUUCAAUAUAUUUUAUGUACAGUAGUAGACCUGGAUUAGAUACUCUGUAGGCUACAUGAGUGUUUGUACCUGCAUUAUAAUAGAAUAUGUGUCCGUUUUUAAACUAUUUUCUUUCAUAUAAAUUAAUCAUACUCAUUUCAUACAACAUUUAAGUCAUUGUCAAUUCUUCUAGGCUAUUUUCCAUUUCAAGUGAGCUAGAUAUGUUGGCUUUACACUUUGUCUACUGUACUGCAAAAGUACUAAUAUAAAAUUGACAAGGAAAUAUUGACCCAUACGUUUCCAUUCAAUCUUACCCCUCUCUGAACAGGCUCCUCCUUCAUGUAUGUCAGUUGAUGGUGAUAUACAGGCUGAGAUGGACAUGGAAGAGAGAGAGAGGAUCUCUACCUCUUACUGUAACUCACAGUCACUCUCUGUGUGUUCUGCAUAACCAUGGUACUCUGUCUGAUCAUCUGGCUGGUGCUUGCUGUAUUACGCUUUGGUAUGAUGGAACUUUUUCUCUCAUUGCUGUCUGACUCUGCUGUGUACUACUGUGCCCUGCAGCCAACAGUGUCAGGAAACCUGUGCACACUGUACAAAAACCUAAAACUGAAUAAAACUGACAUCCCCUAGACAUCACCUCAUUUUGAAUUUCAUCAUUACCGUGUAUAGACAAAACAUACUCUACUUACACUGAAAAUGAGCAAUGAAAGAUUUUCGCUAAAUAAUAAAAAAUAAAAAAUAAAUGUUGAAUGUAAAAGUGACAGAAACUCAUUAAGGCUAUCUGAUUGUGUUGCUGAUUUAUACUUCAGAUUUUAGAUUUAAAUAGGAAAAUAAAAUAAACUGUUAAUGAAUGAAUUGCCUCAUUUUGAACAAAUGAAUAUCUUGCAUAUCUUGUAUCAAACAAUGUUUACCCUAUGACAUCACUGUAGACAGGUCAGGUCCUUCUGCCAACUCUGUGGUCCUAAAAUCAAGAAAAUACAUGGAGAUAAAUAGCACAGUUUUAUCCAUUAUCCAAUAGAGGGAGACUAAGGUAAUCAUAUUUCAGUGCAGCCCUGCAUUUUGAGGACGUGACAGUGGCAUCAAGCAGCAGCAAGAAGUCUGCUGUUACUUCUGCUCAUCUGACAACUCUCUGUAUUUUGGGGUGGGGCUUCAAAGGUUUGAGAAGAGGUGGUCCAUUCAAAACUCAAAGUUGUUUUGAAUACACAAAUCUUGCUGUCCUGUGUGUUAUCAUUUUAACUUCCAGUUUCAGCCACAAUGUCAACCCCCACAUUUAUUUUGCUUUUGGUACUUGCAUUUAAGUAAUCUACUAUAAUUAGUAAAUUUUUUGUGCCGUUAUUUUGAAUCUAAACUAAGUGUUGAUGCGUUGAAAAUAGAUCUAUAACAGAGUAAUAAUAGAAGAAUAACAUAUUUUGCAUCUCUUGCAGGUGACAGUAAUGGUCAGACCUGCUUAUCCUGGAAAUCUUAUCAUGGAUGUUGUUGGUUCUCCAUCACAGGCACCAGGUCUGGAUCCUUUACUCUCAGUCAAUCUAAAUGAUGAGAAGAACCGUGUGGAUCUUGAGAUCUCCUCUGCUGAAGUGUCAGACUCUGCUCUGUACUACUGUGCUCUGAGGCCCACAGUGACAGGAAACCCAGAAACACUACAAUACUGUAUAACAACUGUACAGAAUCAGGGGAUAACAAUCCUUGUUGUGAACUGUUUCAGAUCUAAUUAUUAUCUGUCAGUUCCAACUCAGGAUUACAACACCUUAACGCUUAAAGAAGUCCACAUUAUCAGUCCUUCUUCACCGCAAUCAAUACCAUUUAAAUCAACAAGAUAUACAGUGUAUCUCCCUAUCUUCUGUAGAGGGCCUCACCUCAACACUACACACACCUCUAUUUCUCUGAGCAGGUGUCUCCUCCUCCUGACAGUGGAGGUAGUUGCAGGGCAGACAGACAGCAGCCAUACAGAACAUAUCACAUAUCACACCCUGCAGAUCACAGUACACUGCAUAUCACAUAUCAAACAGUACACUGCAUAUCAGACAGUUGAGAUAACCCCUGUCCUAUAGCUGCGUUUUCUGUCACAUACACCAUGAUUUUGCUCACAUCAAUCUUACUGUUUUCACCACUUGCUAAGUAAGGUUUAAUGUAAAGUAAAUUCCAUACUGUCUAUUGGCACUAUAUUAUUCUUGAUUAUUGUUAUGCUUCAAUUAUGAAAUCUGAAGUUCUAGUCAUGUACUGUAUAUAUUAGUCUUCAUGUGUAAUUUAUUCUCCUUCACAGGUGAUACUUUAGAGGAUGAUAUUACUCCAACCAGCCCUGAGGGGUAUUAUUUAGAGGGUAGCAGAGUUAAGCUCUCCUGUAACUAUACAGUAAAAGCAGGUAGUCUGCUGUGGUACAGACAGUACUCUGGAUCAGGUCUCCAAUUCCUCUACCUCAUAACAACUACCAAUAAUCCAUAUGAAGUGAGAGGUGAUCCACAAGACUUUCGACUGUCUGUUACACUGAACAAGGAGAGAACCUGUGUGGAUCUGGAGAUCUCUACUGAAGUGACAGACUCUGAUCUGUACUACUGUGCUCUGAGGCCAACAGUGACAGGAAGGGAAGGAGAUGAGAGGAGAGGAGAGGAGAGGAGAGGAGAGGAGAGGAGAGGAGAGGAGAGGAGAGGAGAGGAGAGGAGAGGAGAGGAGAGGAGAGGAGAGGAGAGAUUGAGCAUCUUUAGAGCAACUGUACUUUGGGGUGGAGCUUGUAAGUAAACUAAGCAGAAAUUAUCAACUGAAAACCAUGCAGAUAAAGUUGUAGAGUAUUCAGAUACUGUUGUGAUAUUAGUCAGUUUGACUUCCAACCCCAGCUAUGUUGUUAAUCUGGUCAAUUAUUAUGUUAUCAGUAAUAGGUCAGUUUUGGCUUUCAAGUAGUGUCAUGUUUUCUGUUUUGAAAAUAAAAAUACAUUGUUAUUUCAAUAAAAAAAUUACUCAACGUUAAUCUCUUCCCAUUUGCAGGAGGCAGUUACGAGCAGACUAUCGAGCCAAACCAACAUGAAGUGUAUGCAGAAGUGGGUAGUAAUGUUCAGCUUUCCUGCAACUACUCCUCAGCGUACAGUCUACUAUGGUAUAAGCAGCCUCCAGGAUCAGCUCCCCAAUAUCUUCUGCUCAUCCUGCACUCCACUGUGACUGGAUAUAGAGCUGAAUCUCUUGACUCUCAUUUCUCUGGUAAAUUGAACAAAGAUAAGACCUGUGUAGAUCUGGAGAUCUCCUCUGCUGAAUUGACAGACUCUGCUCUGUACUACUGUGCUCUGAAGCCCACAGUGACAGGAAUCCCCAGAAACACCGUACAAAAACUGUCUGCUCUGUAGUUCCUGGUUUCAUUUGACAAUAGUGCCAUCAAGUGGUUGGAAAAGCACUUGGGAAUAUAAACAAUGUGUAACAGUGUUAUUUGUUAUAGAUGGCCCUUCUCACAAUUCACACAGGGUAGCAGAGUUCAGCUCUCCUGUAACUAUACAGUAAAUGCUAAUAAUCUCCAGGGGUACAGACAGUACCCUGGAUCAGCACCCCAAUUCCUCCUCCUCCUCACAGACACUGCAACUCCACUUGUAGUGGAAGCUACUCCUCCAUACCCAAGAAUGACUGCUAAACUGAACGAUGAGAGAACCCCCUUGGAUCUGGAGAACUAUUCUGCUGAAGUGACAGACUCCGCACUGUACUACUGUGCCCUUUAGCCCACAGUGACAGGAAACCUACACACACUGUAAAAACACUGCUAUCUAUUCAAGAGAAGGAGCUAAGCUAAGCAAACCACAGGAGGAUGGCAUUUUAGUCUGCCACAGGGGAGUGGUACCUUAGUGUUACUGAGAGAGCUGCUGAACUUCAACCAUCAUGUUCCUCUAUCCACUUUUAUUCAUUUCUGCAAUUGUUGGUGAGUUUUCUGAAUGUUCAUUAUAGCCACUGUUUAAACAAGGUUCAAAAUGAAAGAGUAACACUGAUAGUGAGCUGCAGUUCGAAACAUCAAAAUCCAUUGACAAUGUUAGUAAAUAAUGAUUGUGGAGAUGGAUUUGUUCAAAUACCUUAAACAUGAACAGAAUCCAGUGCUCAGAUUCAAUAUAUUUUUCAGGUGGCAGUUACCAAGAUGAAGUUCAACCAACCACAAAGAUAAUGCAUGGUGAUGAAGGAGGCUUUGUUACACUGUCUUGCAACUACUCUGGUUCACCAUACAACCUCCAAUGGUAUCGACAGUAUCCCAGAUCAGCUCCCAAAUUCCUACUUCUCACUACAGUCUCAUCAAGCCCCUCUGUAGUGAACGCUACUCCUCCAUACCCACGACUGUCUUCUAAACUGAAUAUGGAGAUAACCCGCAUGGAUCUGGAGAUCUCCUCUUCUGAUGUAACAGACUCUGCUCUGUACUACUGUGCCAUGAGGCCCACAGUGACAGGAAACCCAGAAACACUGUACAAAAACCUGACAGCUCAUGAUAAACUCCUCUUAUGCAUAUUUUAGGGCAGGGGUGUGGAUGAAUAAUGUAUGUUAAAACAACAAUAAUCUCCAGCUACACAAUUACUGUAUUCCUGUCAUUCUUUUAACUACAUGUUUUAGGCUAAUGUAUAGUUUACCCGAAUUAUUGGAUUUGAGAGUAGAUACCAAGAUCUUUUUUUUUUUUUUUUUUUUUUUUUUUUUUUUCGGGGGGAAGGAUCAGCUUAAUAUUGCAGAUAGAUUGUAUCUUCUAUCAAUGUAAUUGUCUGCAUCACUUCCAAUCCCCCAUAAUUAUUUUUAUUUUUUAUAUAUAUAUAUUCCCCUUUAUUACUUUUCAACCCCACCAUCCUUUCCCUACUUGGAGUAAAUUAGUGAACAACAACGCCCAGGCCUCUACUUCCGGUCCAUACUCACUAUCUACACCUUAUGGACAGAGUUAAUUUUACAAUAAUUCUAAAUCUAUAUAUAUACAGUAUAUAUAUACAUACAUACACACACACACACACACAUACAUAUAUAUAUAUAUAUAUAUAUAUAUAUAUAUAUAUAUAUAUAUAUAUAUAUAUAUACAUAUACAUAUACACAUCUAUUUAUUUAUUUUUCUCCUGAACUUCUUCUACUCUCAACCUCUCCGAUCAUCUUCAUGAUGUCCAUCCGGUUUGCCUCUAAAUGCCAUAUCUUUCUAACUGUGCUCCUUCCCAAAAGCUCCCAACAUACAACCUAUAUACUUAUUAUGGACACAGUAUGCUUACAUUAUUAGCUAUCUUUGUUAUUAUUUGUUGUUAUUUGUUAUUAGUCCCAUCCUUCAACUCUAUUCAAUACCUCCCAUCUAUCUCUUAACACCAUCCAUAUAGGAUUUCUAUUUGCCAUAUAUAUUUCAACCAUACUGUGAUGUUUUACAAAAGUUCUGAACCUUUCUAUUCUCAUUGCUUCUACAGAUUGUGAAUUAAAAAUAAACAUUUUUGCUAAAAGUAUUAUUAUAUUAUUGAUUGAUUGACUAUGACUUUUCAGAUCACCCAGUAAUGCUAUCUGCAAGGUUAGUUCCAGGUAAAUAUUGCAAUCCUUUAGCCAUUCCUGGACCUGUGUCCAAAAACAAGCUACAAAUGGACAGAACCAAAACAAAUGAUCUAAUGAUUCUAUCUCUUCACAGCAAAAUCUGCAGAGCUGGGAAGAUUGUAUCCCCCAUAUAAAUAACAUUCUAUUGGUAGCAAGAAUUUUAUAUAAUAAUUUAAAUUGAAAGAUUCUAAUUUUUGAAUCCGGUGUCGUUUUGCGUGUCAGUUCAUAAACACUAUGCCAUGGGAUCGGUACGUCAAAGAUCUCUUCCCAACUAUUUUGCAAUCUAUAUGGGACUGCUGUGAAUCCUUUGGUCCUUAAGUGAAACUGAUAUACUUUUUUAUUUAUCACAGUUUUCCUUAACCAAUUAUGUUCUUUAAUGCAAGGCCGACAGACAAGUUCCUUACUUUCUCCCCCUUCAACUUUCCUCUUCCACUUUUGCGGUAUGGCUGCAAUUAUUUGGUUGUAAUUUUGGGUAGAGCAGACAUUUCCAUAUGUUUUUAUUAGCUGCAUGUGCGACAUAACUCCACCAGUCCUACCGAUGAUAUCAUUUACGAAGAUUAUACCUUUUUUAAACAUUCUGUCAAUAAAUAUAGGUUUUUUGUCAAUUAGUAUAUUUGAAUUUAACCACAAUAUUUGUUGCAUUAUUUGUUCUGUCGUUUCUGGAGGAUUAAAUUGAAAUUGUAACCAACUUUCUAUGGCUUGUUUUAGAAAUAGUGACAUUUGGGAGAUUAUUUCCUUUUCAAAUAACUGAAAGUGAGAGGUUGUAAUCUGAAUAAAGGGAAAAAGGCCUUUCUUGAACAGUGGGUGAGACAAUCUUAUUAAUUUGCUUGAGAACCAGUUCGGAUUUAAGUAUAACUUUUGGAUGACUGAAGAUUUUAGUGAUAGGUCUAAUGCUUUAAUAUUUAAUAAUUUCUGUCCUCCGAAUUCAUAUUCAUUAUAUAAAUAUGCUCUUUUAAUUUUGUCUGGCUUGCCGUUCCAAAUAAAAUUGAAUAUUUUUUUCUCAUAUAAUUUAAAAAACUGUUUGCUAGGCGUAGGCAAGACCAUAAGCAAAUAGGUAAACUGGGAUAAUACUAAAGAGUUAAUCAGGGUGAUUUUUCCACAAAUUGACAGGUAUUUUCCUUUCCAUGGUAGUAAGAUCUUAUCUAUUUUUGCUAACUUUCUAUUAAAAUUUAUUGAAGUGAGAUCAUUUAUUUCCUUUGGGAUAUGUAUUCCGAGUAUAUCCACAUCACCAUCAGACCAUUUUAUUGGUAAACUACAUGGUAAUGUAAAAAUUGUAUUUUUUAGUGAUCCAAUACGUAAUAUAGUACAUUUGUCAUAAUUUGGUUUUAAUCCAGAGAGGUUAGAAAAUGUAUCUAGAUCCUCUAUGAGGCUGUGGAGGGAUUCUAGUUGUGGAUCUAAAAGAAAACAUGAAUCAUCUGCGUACAAUGACACCUUUGUUUUUAAGCCCUGUAUUUCUAAUCCUCUGAUAUUAUUAUUGGAUCUGAUUUUAAUAGCUAACAUCUCGAUGGCCACAAUAAAUAGAUAUGCCGAUAGUGGACAACCUUGUUUCACUCCUCUUGACAGUUUGAAACUUUCUGAGAAAUACCCAUUAUUUACUAUUUUACACCUAGGGUUACUAUACAUGAUUUUGACCCAUUUUAUAAGAGAUUCUCCAAAAUUGAAAUGCUCCAGGCAUUUAUAUAUGAAUUCCAGUCGAACUUUAUCAAAUGCCUUUUCGAAGUCUGCUAUGAAUAGCAGGCCUGGUUUCCCAUAUUUUCCAUAGUGUUCUAUUGUUUCCAAUACUUGCCUUAUAUUGUCUCCAAUGUAUCUUCCAUGUAAAAAACCUGUCUGAUUAGAAUGAAUAAUAUCCGACAAUACCUUUUUAAUUCUAUGCGCUAUACAUUUUGCUAGGAUUUUUGCAUCACAACACUGAAGUGUAAGGGGCCUCCAAUUUUGUAAAUGGACUGGAUCUUUAUAUUUUCCACUUGUAUCCUGUUUCAGUAAUAAUGAGAUCAGACCUUCUUCUUGAGUGUCAGAUAAUCUACCAUUUACAUAGGAGUGGUUAAAACAUGCUAAUAACGGUCCUCUUAGUAUUUCAAAAAAGGUUUGGUAUACCUCGAUUGGUAUGCCAUCCAACCCUGGAGUUUUCCCGGACUUAAAGUCUUUAAUUGCAUCCAGAAGUUCCUCCUCUGUAAUUUCACCUUCACAUGAGUCUUUCUGUGUGGCUGUUAAUUUGACAUUAUCAAUAGGAAAAAAAUCUCUACAAUUAGCUUCAGUUAGAGGAGAUGGAGGCGACUGAAAAGAAAACAUAUGCUUAAAAUACUUUGUUUCUUCCUUCAAAAUAUCAUUAGGUGAAUUAUGGGUGACUCCAUCAAUUGUAACCAGUUUCAUUAAGUUCUUUUUGGUAGCAUUCCUAUGUUGAAGAUUAAAAAAGAAUAUAUUACACUUGAUCUUUCUUGAAUAAGUUUUUCCAUUUCUUUUUGUUUUUCCUCUAAUUUAUUCUGAGCCUCUAUGUUACAGUUUUUAUUGCCAUCUAUCUGUUCUGUUAGACUUUCUAUUUCCUUUCUUAGUAUAAACUCUUUUGACCUAAAUUGCUUUUGUUUUCGAGAUGAGUACUGAAUUGCAUGGCCUCUAAAGGCACAUUUAAAGGUGUCCCAUACAAUAAGGGGAUUCGCUGUACCUAAGUUAUGUUGGAAAAAGUCAGUUAUAAAUUCCUUUGUUCUAAUUAUAAAUAAAUUAUCAUCUAAUAGGCUUUGAUUAAAUUUCCAAUAUCCUCGCCCACGUGGAAAUUCAGUCAGAGUAAUGUAUAUGCCUAUUAUAUGAUGGUCCGACCGCAUUCUGUCCCCUAUCAACACUUUUUUUACUUUUGGUGCCAACGAGAAUGAGAUAACAAAGAAGUCAAGACGACUAGCUUGAUUCAGUCUCCGCCAUGUAUAUCUCACUAGAUCAGCAUAUUUAAGCCUCCAUAUAUCUACUAGUUCUAAUGUAUCCAUGACAUUCACAAUUUCCUUAAGAGCAUGUGGGUGAUUGUUUGUGGUGUGAUUUCCUUUUCGGUCCAUUGAGCUAUUUAAAACAGUAUUAUAAUCCCCCACCAUAAUAAUAUUGUCUUGAGUUGCUUGCAGGCUUGAUAAUUUAUUAUAUAUAUUGUCAAAGAAUUGUGGAUCAUCAUUAUUUGGUCCGUAAAGGUUAAUGAGCCAUAUCUGUUUAUUGUCCAAUACCAUAUUUAAAAUAAUCCAUCUACCUUGCGUAUCUAUUUGGACAAUUUGCACAUUCGGAUCGAAAUUACUAUUAAUUAAUAUCAUCACCCCUUUUGAAUUUCUUUGCCCAUGGGAGAAGUAUAUUUCCCCCCCCCAUUCUUUUUUCCACGCUACUUCAUCUCGAAUUGUUGAAUGAGUUUCCUGUAUACAAUAGAUAUUAUAUUCCUUCUCUUUGAGCCAUGUAAAUAUUGUUCUUCUUUUGUUAUUAUCAGCUAAGCCAUUACAAUUAUAACUGGCUAUACUUAUUUCACCAUACACCAUAAUGAGAUACAAGUUUCAAGUCUAUUUAUCAUUAUAUAUGUUUGUAAAUUUACCAAUAAAAAAUAGCGUAAUGAUUGAGUGUCCAUAUAGCUGUACCGUGAUAUUUGCAUUGCUACGGAGUAACCCUUCAAUUGUUCUCCACUAAUUCCCCCGCUAAAGCCCCUCCCCAUCCCAAGUUGAGCCGUCAUCCCAGUGAUCAGCAUCCCCCCCACGUCCCUCCGUAUCCCUAAGGCCCUGAGAGGCCAGGACCCAUCCAUCGAAAACAGCACACAGUGCCACCCACAAAACAGAAGCAGGUUAACCGCCAAAAGCAUUUCCAAUGCUUUCACCUCUAUAUAUAUAUAUCUAUAUAACUAUUAUUUAUUUAUUUUAUUAUGCAUAUCCUAUUUUCCAUCAUUAUCAAUUAAUAUGCGUAAUAAUGUCGGCAGUUCACGCAUAGGAUUCUAACAUAUAACCAGGAUUGCCAUUAUAUUACAUUUAAUUCAUUGACAAGCAAUUAUUAUCCUAGCAAAUAAUUCCCGCGGUCCAUCCCAUACCCCCCCAACAUCCCCACCCCCCCCACAACAGAUGCCAGACCAGCACACACGCACAUACUCACAUACUCCAACACACUCAACCCCCCUCCUCCACAAUCCACCAUAAAAUCCAAUACUCAACGGCUGUUAUAUCCCAGAGCCCAACCCGAGAAAUAACUUGAUCUACGAGUGCACAUACAGUUAAAGCUGAUUGAGAAAGCAUGCAAAUUGAGCAGAAAUUGACAACAAUGUGAGAUUUGAUUAAUCUACUUAAUCUAUGUCAAGUCCUAGGUGAUGGAGGUCAGAUCCACCCUCUUCACCUGAGACACAAACACUCUGAUCCCCUGUUGUAACCAUUUUCCCAAGCAUCUCCAUGCGGUCAGACCUUUGAUUAUUUUGUGCCACCUGGGCCACAAUGAUAAACCCCCUCUCUGAUUGUCCGAGUGUGACCCCCUCCCCAUGGGUUACUGCAGCCAGUGUUGCCAGCACUGCCACUACCUGGGUGGGCGUACCCCACCGGAAUCCCCACCGGCUAGGUAAAAGGUCGUCAAGGUUCUCAUUAGCAGCUUUGAGAAUUUCCUUGUAUAUUAUGCUCUCCCAUCAGGGGGCUCUGGCUUUGUAGGACCAACCCUGCCAGGCAGGCUCAGAAUCUUGAGGGGGCGGUGCUGCUCAAGUAGGUCUCUGACCGCAUUUAUUUCUCUAUUUAGGCUGCAUAUUCACAGCAGGUCCAUAAAAUAGAUGGGAACUUCUCUUUGGUGUAUGGGUCGCUCAGGUGGGUGUCCAGGUUAUAGGGUUAGGGAUCUUUCCAUCAUGAUAGGACAAUGAAUAAUUAGAUUAGAUGUUUACUAUAUUUAAAAAUGUAUAUCCCUCAUCUACACAAAAUUGAAAGCUCUCUCUCUCACUACCCCUGUUCAUAGACCCCCGGUCGGCUCUGUGAUAUGCAACCAUUUCCCCUCUCACUCACUUAACGCCGUAAAUUUUCAAACACAAAAAUGCACACCACAUGGCUGACUGCGGAAGAAAUGGGCCGAGCGUGCAAACGCACCCGCAUCCACAUCUUCUGCAAGGGGGAAAGGACGCCAGAGAGAACACAGGACCAACCACAACAACCAUCCGCAAAAACAACAACCUCCCGCCAAAAAAGCCAUGUUCUAAUUAUUUGUAUUUAAAGAUGUAUUAUUCUGCUUGUUAUAUCGUUUUAUCCAUUUAUAAAAUACUAUACUUACUAUAAAUAUUAUUUAAUAUUACAAUCCCUAUCAUUGCUAGUAUCAGGUGCUCCAAUAUUUGACUCCUCCAUUACAACUUUUAGAAUAGCCAUGGAGUAGUCUUUGUGUCUCUGAACAUUUGGUUGUCAAUAUAUAAUUUAUCCACCACUAGUGCAACACGUUUCCCUUUUAAUCUGUUUUCCUUGAAGAUUGGAUACAGAACUUUGCGCCUUUCUACAAUCUCCUUCGGGAACUGAUCAUUCAUGCCUAUUUUCGUGCCAGCAAGUCUCCUUCCCAGGCUUUUCACCAUAGCUUUGUCCUUAAAAAAGCAAAUUUGGCAACGAUUGGGCGCUCAUAUUUCUGUCCUCUUUUUCCGAAACGAUGUACACGUUCGAGUUGGAUUUUAUCGACAGCCUCGAGUGGGAUUUGCAGCGCUGUAUGCAGGAAGUCCUUCAUAAUAUUCUCUGUUAUUUCUCCCUCCUUUUCCUGAAUACCCGUAAGUACUAGAUUUUCCCUCAUCGAUCUAGUUUGGAUGUCUAGUAAGGCUUCUCUCAGAAGAUUGUUCUCCUUUUUUAAUUCCCUAACGUCCGUUUCCAUUUUAGAGACUGUCACUUUUAUUUAUUUGGUUUCUUUCUCCAUUACCAAAGCUUUUUCGUCACUCAUUUGAAGACUCGCUUUCAACUCUUUUACGUCUUUACUGACCAGUUCUAGUAUGCCCAAUUUGUCAUUUAUCGACUUCAACAGGUCGCUUUCCACACUUACCAUACCUAGUGGUGAAAAGCAUAUAUCAUCUGUAUCUGUCGAUGAGUCGCGUUUUCUUUUGGGGAUCGGCUCUCCACGCUUGUCUUCAGUCAUGUUUGGGUGUUGCUUGUUGUAGUAAUAUUUGUCGAUAUAUUUCUCUAGCCUUAUGAUCUUAUUUCUGUUAUUAUCCAGAUUGAAUUAUAUUAACUGCGAAUAUAUGAAAUGCUAAUAUUUAGUCUAACUUACUGAUUUUGAAUAUUAUGUUUUUAUCUUGAGGUGUUUUGUACCGAUUUCUAUUCAAUACGCCAUCUUGUUUACGCGCCUACUCUGGUCUUGGCACCUGCGCCUCCGUGUCCGCCUCCGUGUCCGUGUCAAUACCAAGAUCUUUCCUCAUUUCAAAUACAUCUUCCUUGUAAUUUAUCCAUCACCUCUUAACAUUUGCAGGUGACAGUUUUCAGCAGACCAUCCAGCCAAACCAACAUGAAGUGUAUGGAGAGGAGGGUAGUAAUGUUCAGCUUUCCUGCAACUACUCCUCAGCAUACAGUGUACUGUGGUAUAAACAGUAUCCAGGAUCAGCUCCCCAACUCCUCCUCUUCAUCCACAAUGCCUCUAGGACUGUAGUGAGAGCUAAACCUCCAUACUCUCACCUCACUGUUAAACUGAACAAAGAGAAGACCUGUGUGGAUCUGGAGAUCUCCUCUGCUGAAGUGAGAGACUCAGCUCUGUACUACUGUAAUGUAUAG